CUCGCCCCUCUCUGCUAGCACCAUGACUUCUAAACAAGGCAAGAAGAAAGAGCUUCACCGCAUCAAUUCUGUGCAUGGGUUCGAGAAGUCAAAAGAUCAGUCAUCUUUUGGGAGUAGUACACAGUCUGGUUUGACUGAAAUAAAAAGAGGAAAAUUCCCAAUUUGGCCAGAAUGGAAUGAAGCCGAUAUAAAUGCAGAAAAGUGGGAUGGAGGAAAAGGAGGAAAAGAAAAAGACAAAUCUGGGAAAAGUCCCAUUUUUCAUUAUUUUGAUGACCCUGAAGGGAAGAUUGAAAUACCACCAUCACUAAAAGUUUUUACAUGGAAACGUCCACAAGAAGUUUUCAUCAACAGGAAUCUUGUGGUAGUGAAAGAUGAAAAUUCAUUUGACUUAUUUUCAGAAAAUGGACAUUUACUCUGCAGUGAGUUGAUGAGAUGGAUUAUCAGUGAGAUAUAUGCAGUAUGGAAGACUUAUAAUGGAAAUAUUUCAAGUUCUUCAACAGAGCCUCCUGUUCUAAAUUGGAAACCCUGGGAACAUAUAUAUUCUCUAUGCAAGGCAGUGAAAGGGCAUAUUCCUCUAUUCAAUAGCUAUGGAAAGUAUAUUGUGAAACUUUAUUGGAUGGGUUGUUGGAGAAAGCUAACUGUUGAUGACAGUCUGCCAUUUGAUGAAGAGAAUAAAUUAUUACUUCCUGCCACAACUUAUGAUAUUGAACUUUGGCCAAUGAUACUAGCUAAAGCUAUCAUUAAGCUCACAAAUGUUGACAUCCACAUGGCUGACCAACGAGAAUUAGGAGAAUUCACAGUUUUUCAUGCACUUACAGGAUGGUUACCAGAAGUCAUUCCUCUUCGCAACGGAUAUUUGGACAAAGUUUGGAAUUUCUUGAAAGAAAUAUUGCCAGAGUUUAAGCUGAUACAGGAGAGCAGUUCUGACAAACUAUCAGAUGGGAAGACCAGAGAAGGAAGAGAUUCCAAGGAAGGUUUGGAUUCCAAGAAUGGAAAAGAUUUCAAGGAUGGAAAAGAUGGCAAGAAUGGAAAAGAUGUCAAGGAUGGAAAAGAUGGCAAGGUUGGAAAAAAUGGAAAAGAAGAAAAAGGUGGAAAAGAAGGCAAAACUGAAAGUUCUCAGGGCAAAGGAGCUGAUAAAGGUGAUAAAUCUGGAAAAGAGAAAGUAGAUGUGAAAGAAGGAAAGAAGAAGCCAAAAGAUGGAGAGAAGGAUACAAGAUACAAGCUGUCUACUCAUAAUUCAAGACCUCCAUCAGAUGCACAACAUUCUCUGCUGUCCGUGUCAGAGAUUGGAGUUGGAGUACAAAUUAUUCCAUCGAUACCUCAGAUUGUGGUCUAUGGUACUUUUACACCUCUGCAUUUGUUUGAAAAGAAGAUCUUUACACUAGAGAAAAUGACAGAAUCUGCUGAGAAGCUCAGACAAUAUGGACUUUGUCAUAUAUGUAGCCACCCAGUGCUGAUUACCAGAACUAGAUCUUGUGCGCUUAUAGCCCCACCAAAACCACCGAUUUUACCAGCUUGGAAACUUAUUCGCCAAAAGAAAGAAACUGUGGUGACAGAUGAACCUCAAGAUCCAAUAAUAAAGAAACCUGAACAAUUUCUUGAGAUUUCGAGCCCAUUUUUGAACUACAGAAUGAAUCCAAUUCCAAUUCCAACAGAAACGCAUUAUGUGCUCUCUCUGCUUAAGAAAGGGGACCCUUUUGUCGGCUUACCUUCUCUUGUUGAACUUGAUGAAAGUCAGAGUACUAUAGACGUGAAUAUAACUACAGGGGCUUUGAGUAUGGUAAAUAUUUCUCAGUUGAAUUUUGGUGUUACCAAUGGAACUAAUAAAGAAGAGCCAGCAGAAAAUGUGAUUACUGUUGGAAUUCGUCAGUCAGAAGCAACUGAUUUAGUUAGCCAGCACACGUCCACCUUGGAUAAAUCUCAAGAAGAGGUUGUAGCGGAAGUUGUUCCUAUUUGCAAAGAAAUCUGGUUUGACUUCGAUGACUUCUGCAAGUGCUUCCAGAAUAUGUAUAUUUUCCACAAACCAGCUUCAUACAUCUACAGCUAUCAGAGGUCAGACUUUAAGGUAAACACAAACGAAAAUUAUGCUGUUGCAGACACUCUGCAAAGACUUUGGAGUUUACUGGAGGUCAAUUUAGAACAAUAUUCAACCUCUUUAUUAAGAUUAAUGUUUAAAAGUAAAUGCAAAUCUUUUGAACUAUAUUCAUGUUAUCAAGAUGAAGAAACUAAGAUAGCUUAUGCUGAUUAUUCUAUAACCUAUCCUGAUCAGCCACCAAAUUCUUGGUUUAUAGUUUUUAGAGAAACAUUUUAUGUAACACAAGACAUGCUCUUGGUGCCUAAAAUGUAUACUACUCUUCCAGUCUGUAUGCUCCAUGUUGUUAAUAAUGACACAAUGGAGGAAGUGCCACGAGUGUUCCUCAAAGUGGUACCUUAUGUCUAUACCAAAAAUAAGAAGGGAUACUCAUUUGUUGCAGAAGCUUAUACGAAUGAAUUUUAUGUAGCACCUGGAAAAUGGAAACUUCGUAUUAUUGGUUCUUUUACUCCACUGCCAUAUCUUGGUCGAGAGGCUGUUAAUGGUUUAUUUGCCAUGAGGGAAAUCAAGGACUAUUAUAUUCCCAAUGAGAAGCAGGUUAUGUUCAGGUAUUCAAUAAAAGUGGCACUAGCCCAUGUUGUUACGGUACAGGUACGUACUUCCAAAACUGAUGUUUUCAUCAAACUACAGAUACUGGAAAAUGAAGAAGAGGCUGUAAGCACUAUUGGAAAAGGCCAUGCUAUAAUUCCUACAUUUCUUUUCCUUAGUAGUGAAAAGGCUUUAAGCUCUCAAUCUAGCAAACUACUUCUUCCUCAUAAUACGGUUCCCAAGAAGGAAGUAGAAGUGCCACAACCCAAGAAAAAAGCUCCUGUAGCAACUCCAAAAGUUAAUAAAUCACGACCUUCAGGUGCAACUGAAACUUUAUCUAUUGUUGAAGAAGAUUCUGUUAGCAUUCCAACUAUUGAUGAAAAUUCUCAAGUUUCAGGGCAGACCUAUAAGUAUAUCAUCCAAGCUACAGUAUUAUAUAACAGUUGGCCCCUUACAGAAAGCCAGUUGGCAUUUGUUCAGACACUCAGAGACUUGGAGAAAAGUGAUCUCAAAGAAGAUCCUAAAAUAAUCAAGAAGAAAAGAGGAAACCUUCCCGAAUUUGCACAUGAAGAAUUAAUUUCAAUUGGAGUUUCAGAAGCCCAUGGCACUACUGAUGGGCAAAAAACUACAACUACUUCUAAAACAACUCGAAAAGGUAAAGAUAAAGCUGCUGAAAAGGCAGAAAAAGAGAAGGCAGCUAAAGAAAAGGUAUUACCUAAAGCUGAACCUCAGGUCAAAAUUCUGGUAUCACAUAUGCACAUCCCCUAUAGUUCUCAUAAUUCCAAUUUUCAAAAUACAGAAGAUACGAGUAUUCCUAAGGACCCAAAACUAAUCCCUACCACUGAAACUGCAACUGCAUCAACUGCUGACCCAGCUGCUUUUGUUUUUAAGAAAGAAUUAGAACCUUUAGACCUUACUCAGUAUAUCCAACAAACACUUGAUGAGCCUGUGUUAUACAGUGAGGCUUUAGCUCAGCAACGAGAAAUGCAGAAAGCAGAAGAAGUUCAUCAGUUUCGUCAGUAUCGAGAAAAAAUACUGAAGAAAAGAGAGUUUGAAGAUGGAGCACGGAAGAAGUUAAAGACAAAAGUUUUGGAUACCUACGGUGAUAUCCGCUCAUCCGUAAAGGACACCCAUGAUGUGGUUUUGCAACCUCGAGAAGCUUACAGAGAGAAGUUGCUGGAAGAGGAGCGCCAACGGCAAGAGGCAUUAGCUGCACAAGAAGCAGCCCUUAAGCAAGAGCAGGAAAAGAAAAGUCCUGACAAUCAGAAAGCAAAAGGAAAAGGCGGGAAAAAAAAGUGA